AUGCUGAGGUCGUCGGCUCGCGAGGGUCUGUGGUCGUCGGCUCGUGAGGGUUGGGUUGAUGGUUCUGCAAUCUCUCCUCUUCUCUCGGAGCUUUGGUUUCUAGCCGGAGCUUUCCCAUCUCGUGGAGUAUCGUGCGGAGUUCCAGAGACCAAGGUCUUUGGGGUUUGGUCUCUCUACUUCUCACCGUUGAGUCUCUUCUCUCUGGUAUUCCUUUUCUCUGAUCUUUGUAUAAAGGUUGGUCAGGUUGGGUCUCAGACCGUUGUAUCGGACUGGUUUGGUAUGAGUUGGGCUUUGACCUUUGUUGGGUGUCCUUGCUACUUCUGA